AUGUUCUUGCUGUUCCUUCGAAAACUCAAAUCAACGCUCUCACUUUCUGUAAAGCUUUCGCAUUCGCAAUUUUUACAGCUAGACACAUUUCCAACCCUGAUCUACAGCAUGUUGGUGAAGAUGAAGUCGUACUCAACUGGGAGUUUUGGAGUAGAAGACUUAGAAAGUUUUACUGGUGAGAAAUCGAACUGUCGUCAGCUCCUCCACUGCUUGCCUUGUCGGACAGAUUCGUCUUGUUGCGGUUUAACGCCUACCUCCACUUCUCGGUGUCGGUUUCAGAAACUCGUUCACAACAACGCUCGGCCCUUAUGUUGAAGUGCUCGUUUGACUUUGACUCGCUGUGCUUGAUGACCCUUCUACUUGAUGGCUGGCAGUUUUUGUAUCAUUUUUGAGGUAUGACUAUGAGUUUUCGUGACUUUGGUCUGUAUGUAA